GAGGAACAGCCCACAUCUUAGAAUCUCUCGGCUCUGUUUCACUCUUUUUUUUUCACCGCCCAGACCAUUCCUUCGUCUCAUCAUGCUGUUCAACGUGGUAUUCUGCCUUUCGGCGGCCUUGGCUGCCAGCGCCAGCAAUGAAUGGCAAGCCGCUACCGAAAAUGACCGCCGAAGCCCUUGCCCCAUGGUCAACUCCUUGGCGAACCACGGAUACCUCCCCCGCGAUGGAUUGAACAUCUCUCUGCCUGAUCUGAUCGUCGCAUUUACCGAUGCUCUUAACCUGGACCCAGCCGCUACUACCCUGGUUGGGCAGAAGGCUCUGCUCUCUGGAAAUAACGUCACCUUUGAUCUUGACAACCUAGACAAGCACGGUAUCCUUGAGCACGAUGGCAGUCUGAGCCGCAAUGACGUCUACUUUGGCGACAAUCACAGCUUCAACGAGACUAUUUGGGAAAGUGUAGCCUCGCACUUCAACCAGUCUACAAUUUCCAUCCAGACGGCCGCCACAGCCCGUAAGGAGCGCAUCCAAGCAGCCGCAGCUGUCAACCCAGCGUUCGCAAUGUCCGCCAGCGAUGUCCAAUUCAGCUUCAUCGAGACGGCUCUGUACUUGUCUAUUUUCGGGAGCGUCGCAGAUGGAAACGCAGUCACCGAGUGGGUCAGGAUCAUGUUCCAAGAGGAGCGUCUCCCUUUUCAAGAAGGAUUCACGACGUCCGAGGACGUCAUCACGGCGGCGGGGAUCUUGGGCUUGGUGGCAAAGGUAGCUGCUGCGAGCGCAUGAGCGUCAUCUAGAUCCAAGCUCCUUCCAUGGACAAAAUCUGGAGCAAGCGAAUUGUAUUAGUAAACAGCUGAAAGCCAAUUUGUUCAUAGUUCGACCUCAAAGUCACGAUUGCUAUGCUUUUGAUGAAUAAUACGCUCUAAGUAUAUAUCAGUGCAGUGAACACUACCCAAAUAUUG